AUGCAUCUGGGACGCUGGCUCGACUGUACAGAUGCUUCCCGACAAUUUACGUUGAAGAUUCCUGCAUUGGUCAAGACAUCACCAAUAUUGCUUCAUGCCGUAAUCUCGUUUGCCGCGAGACACCUUGGGGACAAUGAUGCGGCUCAGCAGGCUCAUGACCGAUGUAUAGAGCUGCUCAUUCCACUGCUAAACUCAGACAGUGUCGCUAAUGACGACUUGCUGCUUUGUGCAAUUGUCAUCCUCAGAGUCUUCGAACAGCUCAAUGUCACGGUCACAGGCAGCGAUCAAGAGCGCCACCUUGCCGGCUGCUUAGCUCUGCUGCGUGCCUCUCAAGGACGGGAGGUCGAUCCGUCGGCACCCGGACUCCGACAGGCUGCAUUUUGGGUCUACAUGCGCCAAUGCCUCUACAACGCCUGUGUCAACCAGCAGCCGCCCAAUGUCGAUCUCAACAUCAUCUUGAGCCCUAUUCCCGCUGGAAGCGACCCAAUAGGCGACCUUAGGCGCGAGACCGCGUGGGCUAAUACGAUGACUUGGAUCUGCGCCACUAUCAUCCAGUUCUGUUUCGGUUCUGGAUUCCAGGAGCCAUGUGGAAGGAUGAAGAAAUGGGAAGAAUUUUCGGAUGCCGUGGAGAGCUGGAUGAGAAACAGACCGGGCACAUUCGACCCUAUCUGGUGCAGCGAUCCUGUGGUUGGUAGCAGUAACCCUUUCCCGGAGUUUUGGUUCACUGCCGAUUGGCAUGUGAUGGCGUUUGGGUUUUACCAUCUGGCAUGUAUGCUGUUGAUCAUAUACAAACCGACCCCGAAGUUUGCCGUCAGGAGUGUUCGUGCCAGUCCAAGGGAAACCGACAUACAAAUCAUGUCGCAUGCGCGAGCGAUCUGUGGAGUGGCGCCUUCUACAGUGCCCUCACUGAUAACCCUGUGCCACACCGUUUUUAUAUGGGGCCCGCUGAUGACAGACCAGGCCGAAAGGAACGGUGUGAUUGUGUUGCUGGAGGGUACGGAGAAAGCUCACGCGUGGCCAACAGCCUGGAUCAUUAACUCGCUAAAAGAGGAGUGGACCAUAGAAUGA